CGGAUCCAGAGAGGCUCGUGCCUUGCUUGCUAAGGAACCAUGACCGGCCGGGACGAGCUGUCCGACGGGCGCACUAGCAGCAGGGCGCUGGGGCCUGGCGGUUCCCCCAGGGGCUCGCGCCCCCGGGGCUUCGCCAUCACGGACCUGCUGGGCUUGGAGGCCGAGCUGCCUGUGCCCGCCGGCCCGGGACAGGGAUCCAGCUGCGAGGGUCCGGCGGCAGCGCCGUGCCUAGGCCCGGGGCUUGACCGCUCCAGCCUCGCGCGUGGGGCCCUUCCGCUGGGACUCGGCCUCCUCUGCGGCUUCGGCACGCAGCCGCCGACGGCCGCUCGAACGCCCUGCCUGCUCCUAGCGGACGUGCCGUUCCUGCCGCCCAGGGGCCCCGAGCCCGCUGCCCCGCAGGCCCCCAGCAGUCAGCCGCCUGCGCUCCGCCGCCAGAAGCGCAGCGAGAGCGUCUCGACGUCCGGUAAUCAGGCCCGCGCUUUACGCUCCUACCCCGGUCCCCCAGGCUCUGAACCGCGCAGGGGUCACAGACCAUCGCCCCACCGCGCCCCUGGCCCCAGCGUCCCAGAUUUAAGCGGGGAGCCCAGAGCGAGGCCCCGUCGCUGGAGGGGCAUUCGCGGAACUGCGCCGCUUGCCCCUUGCUGCAUCCCAAAUCCCUGCCUCUCAUCCGGGGUGCUGCUCUGUUAGCGAUGUGGGACCGCCACCACCUGGUUCCACCACCUGGAACCUUUUGAUGAGACCCUGGGGUCUUGGCACCCCAACAACCAUCUGCAGAGGGCCUUUUUUCCCCCAGCGCCAGGCGCCAGUCUCGGCCUCUGGCAGCGGUGUGAGUCGGGAAGGCCCGGACCUUUGUUGUUCACCAGCAGCACCGAACAAGGUACCAGGUGGAAACGCGGGCGGAAAUGAUCAAAUGAUUGAAGGUCCUUGAAGAGCACGGGGCCUCGAGCCCUGGAACUGUCCGCCCAUCGGGGUGCUGAAAAGAGAGUCCCGGGUAUCUUGCUCCUCUGCCGGCGCGGCGUCCACGCAGUCCCCCGUGCAGGAGAAACAAGCAACCUCGAGGAUUCAUUGUAGUUACGCCUAGAGAUGUGUUCCUGGCCUACCAUUUCCCCAAAGAAAUCCUGGCGGGUCGCGGGGAAAGAGAAGCAAGGAAAUUCUAUAAAGGUCAAGGGCUAAGAAAGCGAGUGGUUUUUGGGUGUGGGAGAGAAAAGAAAGAAUUAUACAAGAAAGGGUGGACUAGCGAAGGUACGUGGUAGAACCUAGAGCUGAGUAUCCAGGCAGCCAAGGCAAAAAGAAUACAUUGGGUCUCUGAUACUAAAAGGAAGCAUGUCAGAUCAACAGGCAGGCACAUUUUCGCUCCACUCUAAAAGGACUUUAUUUCAUGAGCC